UACAGACAUUGGAAAUGGCAAAACUUGAAGCAGAAUCUGAAUUACUUUUAGCUAGAUUGUAUUGGAACGAUACAACAUUAUAAGGUCUAUGGAUCGAUUAAACACACAUAAUGUCAGGGAUAUAUCAUGGUAACGAUUAGAUUUCUUUCUUAUUUUCUUAAGGCUUUCAACAACAUGCUGAUAGUUUGGUAAACUGGGCGUAACUGAGAUGUCUGAGCAGGAUCUGGUCGUCGAAUGUAGUACAGACGUUUUGGUCAAUUUUGUUGAGUCGCUGCAUGUCUACACGGGACUAUUGACUGUGGCUACAGUUUGUGGUGGACUCUCGGGAAUAUUAGCUGGUGCUGUUUUGUAUGUGUUUUGCCUGAAGACUUUAAUUUUGGCGAGACAAGGGCAUACUGCAAGAAGGCUACUUGAACCUGAUGAUGGAGAAGUGGAAAACAAUGCCAGCGAUCAUGGCAGCAACAACAGAAAAGAGCCCCCGCCUGUCCCAACUAAUUACAAAGAGAAGAACCACGAACCCAUGAAUAGUGAUGUGGCAGCAUUUGCGUCAAAAGCAAAAGUGGUCUACCCUAUCAACCAAAAAUAUAGACCUUUAGCAGAUGGCGCAUCCAACCCUUCUCUUCAUGAGUGCUCCAAGUUGCCAACAAUGCCAAAGGAUAAUUCGUCAUCAUCCUUCACAGAGGGAGAGUCUCUCAGCCAAGAGCUGGACAAUGAUGAGGGCAGCCAGUUCAUUUCCUCCUCAUUGGUCCCUGAGAGCCUGCAGAACCAGAGCUUUGUCAGGGUUUUCCACUACCCCUACACUUUGAUGCAAACGGGUUUUGAAGCAAGGAUCAAUCUCCAUUGUUUGGCCCUGAAAGAUGUACAACACCUUUGCUCUCAACUUCAGGAGGAAAAAUAUACUAUUUACCUUGAAAUGGUGAAAAAAACAUUUUGCCGUCAUUUUCCAAAAGACCAACAAGGUGCAAAGUUCACCACGGACAUUCUUCAAAUGCAGCAAAAGGAAGUGGAGGAGCUAAAGAAACAGCUGCCAACAGGGGACACUUGCAGUGAUGACGAUGUUUAUUCUCCUUGUACUUUGGAAGAAAUGGAAAGAUCUCAAAAAGAUUUUCUAGAACACAGUCUUCAAAUGUCCAAAUGUUUCAGCAAAGUUGUGGAGAACUACUCCCAACAUGUGAUGAAGAGUACCAGCAGGUUUACCCUGGAUGAAGCACGUGAUGCUAUAGUCUCUCUCAACCAGACACUUGUCAUGGUCGAGAAUCACCUAGUGAAAGCUCAAGAAGCACAACUAAUGAAAAUCCACCAGAAGCUUUUAUGGUGGGAAGAACUGACUGGGCUUCUUCAGUCCCAGCCAGCCUUGGUCCAGCAGGAAGUGUCGUUGCGACAGGGCUUGCUGGCUAUGAAACUGGAGCAACUGACCAGCAAGGAAGUUUUGACCUUGAACUGCAUGGAAACAAUACUUUCCCAAGUACAGCAUGCGCUCACUGAAGGCCUUCAACAGUGCAGAGAGGAUUACAGGAGGAAAACAAAGGAGUUGCUGUUUGAUAAAUGUAGCAAAAUAGAGGCAAAGCAAAAGAAGCUUCAGAACAGCCAGGCCAAGGAGAGGAGUCGUGUGCUGGAGCUACAAGAAACUCAUGGUGACCCAGAGCAGCUGUUAAAGGAGUAUCGGGAGCAAAGGCAGAAGCUUUGUGAUUUGGAAAUGCAACAGGAUGACCGGAUGGCUGAAAAUCUUUGUAACUUUUGGACAAAACUUCGCAGCACCUGGUCAAAAAGGCUAGAAGAACGAGCCAAGGACAUCUUUUGCACAUCUGUUACCGCCCAAUGCAAACUGUCUCCUGAACACUGUCAAGCACUCUGGCUGGACGUAGAAGAGCAGCUUGCUAAUAAGCAGCAGCAGGUGGAGACAUCGACCAGACUGCAAAUAGACCAAAUGCAGGCUCAGAUGGAUCAAGAACGAAAGGUAUGGACUGAGUCAAUGGCUCUGAUGCAUGCCAGUCUCAAGAAUCUAAGGACCCAGCAGAUGAAGAUCCUGCGAGCCAUGGCAGUCAGCCAGAGUUACAUCCUUAACAGCCAAGUGGGGAAGUUGCUGAACAUUAAACAUGAGCACCUGCUAGCAUGCGUGCAGCGCCACUUUAUGGCCAGACACUUUUGUCUAUACAUGCUCAAAGAGAUGAGGCUCUCCAAGCUGAAAGUUCUGUCUCAGACAGACUUUCGAGCUCUGCUGAUGCAGGACCCUGGCACACUCCAGUCGUGUGUUGAUUCAACUCUCAAGAAAAGCAAUGCCAGCCUAGCAGAGAAGCAUCUGGGUCCAGAGAGUCAACUGGUGACCCACAGCUUCCAUCAAGAAUUCCUAUCUGAGCUGGAAACAGGGAAGGAGCUUCUUCAAAACCAUGCACAGCUUGUACUAGGCAACGUCCUCAGCUAUGCCAUCUUACAGCUGAUGGAAGGCAAGCCCUAUGAAUCGCAAGGCUUGGCCAGGAAUGAUGACAGCUUGAAGCACCAUCUUACAGAGGCUGCUUCUGAGAGUGUUUAUGUGACCAAAGAUUCUCUUACCGCUCUCGUCCAAAGUUAUUAUUCUACCGUGCAAGAUAUUCCUAAAAAACUACAAUCAUGUCAGUCAAACACAAACCUUGGUGUGACUGUUGAAGACUCAAGUAACAGUCAGUUAAACAGAGGAUUGCUGAGAGAGCUGGAAAACUGGGGAAGGAAACCUAGCUCUUCUAAGUUUCAACAGAGGGUUGAGCUACACAAAAGAAAGUUGUUGGAGCAGUGCGAUCUAGAUCAGGAGAUGAUCUGUGAAGAGCUGAGGCGAAGAAAAGUAGCCCAGGAUCAAACAUUAGAAAGGAUGAAUGGACAAGUGCAGGAGGCAGAAAGAAGCUUCAUAAGUGAUUUGGCAGCUUUGGCACGGGUUCCUCUACACAAUCCAAACCCAGAGACCAGCGAUGAAGAUGACGACACAGGGGAAGUUAAUGCCUCUAUAAUGGAACUUCUAGCCCGGAACCCAGCCCUAGAUCCAGCGUUGAAUCCAUCACUGACUCCAACAGUUGUCACUCCGACAGCAUCCAAACUGGCAAAAAAGAAAAAAAGAGAGCAAAAGUCUCAUAUCAGUUGAAACCGGAUAAUGUUUUUAUGGUACACAACUGUAUGUAGGAUUUAAAAAAGAUUGUCCUUUUAGUCGUAGAUUUUAUCAAUGCUGUAUUUUAUUUAUCUCUUACAGUGUUAAGAUGUCAAAAAGGGAAUUUCAUACAGUAUGUUUGUCCAUCCAUUGUCUACAGUCCUUGUCCUCAGUAGGUUGGCCAGGUGAACUAGAGCCCGUCACACUUGAUUUUUUUGUAUAAAUGAAUGAAUCGUUAUUUGAGGAUAUCUGUUGGAAAUGUUCAUUCCUCUAGAUGAGCAUUUGUUUUGUUCAGAGGUCACUAAUGUUGUCUGUCUCUGUAGUUUAUCCAAACAAUUUAAUAGUAUCCAAUUCUCCCACACUAAAUUCAUCCAAACAAUACUGAUGGAUUUUUUGUCUUACGCACCUGUGCACAAUUAUUCUAGAACAAAUAAACAUCGUUCUUUGAACUGUUUUCAAAGUG